CAGAAGGCUGCUGUCGACGAGUACUUCAAGCACUGGGACAACAAGAGCGCUGAGGAAGAGACUGAAGAGAUCCGUGCGGUAUGUUUGCGACUUACUCCUUUCCGAUAUUAAUGCUAAGCCUUGUACUAAUAUUUUGAUGUUCUAGGCCCGUCGUGCCGAGUAUGCGACCUUGACCAGACAGUAUGUAGCGCCAUUAAGACCCAGAAACAUGACUUCGAUUCUCAGUGCUGACUCGAAUUCGCUAUAGCUACUACAACCUUGCGACGGACUUCUACGAGUACGGAUGGGGUACCUCUUUCCACUUCUGCCGUUUCUCCCCUGGCGAGGGCUUCCACCAGGCCAUCGCUCGCCACGAACACUACCUCGCCCAUCAGAUCGGCAUCAAGUCUGGAAUGAAGGUUCUCGACGUUGGCUGCGGUGUCGGAGGCCCUGCCCGUGAGAUCGUCAAGUUCACCGACGCCAACGUGGUCGGCCUGAACAACAACGACUACCAGAUCCAGCGUGCUACGCGCUACGCUGAGCGUGAGGGUUUGGCCCACAAGCUGACCUUCGAGAAGGGUGACUUCAUGCAGAUGAAGUUCGAGGACAACACCUUCGACGCUGUCUACGCCAUUGAGGCUACCUGCCACGCUCCCGAACUCGAGGGUGUCUACAAGGAAAUCUUCCGUGUCCUGAAGCCCGGUGGUGUUUUCGGUGUCUACGAAUGGUUGAUGACCGAGGAGUACGACAACAGCAACGCCGAGCACCGCAAGAUCCGUCUCGGUAUCGAGCAGGGUGACGGUAUCUCCAACAUGGUCAAGGUCUCCGAGGGUCUUGACGCCAUGAAGGGAGCCGGUUUCGAGCUCCUCCACAACGAGGAUUUGGCCGACCGCCCCGACACCAUCCCCUGGUACUACCCCUUGGCCGGUUCCUUCAAGCACUUGACCUCUCCCUGGGACUUCUUCACGAUCGCUCGUAUGACCUGGUGGGGCCGUGGCAUUGCCCACCGUUUCGUCGGUGCCAUGGAGAAGGUCGGUCUCUUCCCCAAGGGCUCUCAGAAGACUGCCGACAGUCUGGCCUUGGCCGGUGACUGCCUUGUUGCCGGUGGUGAGAAGAAGCUGUUCACUCCCAUGUACCUCAUGGUUGGCCGCAAGCCCGAGUAAACGGUUUCAGCAAAAUACUUGCAUUAUGCGAUAACGCCUGUACAAAUCUUUCUGGGACAGCAUCCUAUUGCAUAGACAGCACGGCGGUCUAUGUUCUUUAAUAUCCGGGUUUCUUCUUUUUCCCUUUAUAUUUCCCUAUGUUUCAUUUCCUUUCUUGUGUGUCAUUAUAUUGCAUACCGCCGCGGGAUGCUUUGUUUUCGUUAGUGCAUUGUUUUUCCCAUCUCAUGUCCUGCCCAUACGGGAAUGGGCAGGCGUACGAAAUCAC